AUGCCAUCGGGACGUCGGGGGACCGAGGCGUCAUCGGCCCAGUUCUGCGGCCAACUUCUCCACCCCGUCCCUUCGUCUUUGGCCCAUCGACAACUCUUGACGGCUGCAGCUCAACAUCUUGGAUGGUCCAUCAAUCUCCUUGGACAGGCGGUAUGCAUGAGCGCCUACCGCCCCGCCGUCCAAUCAGCACGCUACGGUGCGGUUUUGGCUCAUCCGUCGGCCGUGGUCGCGCUCACGGCGGCCUGCCCUCCAACACCGGCAACCAGAGGCGUUGAGGCGAAACCGGUCCGGCCGGACAAGAAGCCCGGGUCCAGGCACGUUUUGAUUCCGCGAGUCCCGACACUGACCGGCCCAGGUUGCAACGCAACACCAUAUUUUUCCCCCACCGCCGCCAUCGGCGUUCCACGUCCCACGGCCCUUCAGAAUGGGCUACUGCCACCCUGUAAUUUUCGCCCUCCAUACAUCCGCGGCGUUGGAAGCAUUGAUUGGGUUUCCGGUGUUCUCCUCGCCCUGGCUCUCCUGGUCUCACCACCGGAAAGCGGAGACCCGUCAGAUGGAAGAGGGGACUUCUUCUGGGCCGUCCAAUGUGGCCGCAUCGAGGCCGAGCCCUGA